GGACAGUGUGUGAUGAGGGUCCAGUCCUCCGUCUAUUGUGGUUGUUGAACAAGGCGUCGUCGGGGCAUCGUGAUGGAACACGUGUCGCAGGAGGUUCGUGGCAAGACCUUGAGCAGGGUGGAGAGAAAUGCGGUGGUUGCAGCGGUGUCGGCGGUGGCCAUGCGAUGUCGCAUCGAGAGAACGACGACACGGUUGAGGACAAGAGUGUCUAUCCGCAGACAGCGUGAGCUCCUCCACCACGUGAUGGCGGCGCCAGACUGCGUGUCCAUGUCCGAAUCCAUUACCCAAUUUUGCGCCGCCAUGUCAUCCAGGGCGAUACCACGUGCGACUCCAAGGUGGUGGAUGCGGAGAAGGACGGGUGGCACGUGGGAGGAUCUGCGGAAGAUGGAGGACGCCUCAGACGAGUACUACAAGGAAAAGUUGAGGAUGACCCCCAGGGUGUUCAUGGAGAUCGUGGAGGCGUUGUCUCCUCUUCUGCAGCGGCGGGUGACAUUCUACAGGGUUCCUUUGCAGCCGGAUCACAUCAUCGCAUAUGCGUUGUACCGAUGGGCGAGCGGUGAGACAUACGAGAGCAACACGUCGUCAUUCGGAAUAGGGCGCACAUCCGGGUUGAUCGCAGUGGAGGACGUUACGAGGGCGCUCCUGAGGGUGUACAGUGACAAGAUCGUAUGGCCUACUGGGAUGCGUCGUACGCUCGUUCUGCGUGCCUUUGAGGCGAAGGGCUUUCCCAACUGCUAUGGCUGCAUAGACUGCACGCACGUUUACGUCGACAAACCGGCGAACGCUCCUUCGGAGAACUUCUUCGACCGGAAGCAUCGUUUCUCCGUUGUAGCGCAGGUGGUGGUGGACCUGGACUUGCGCAUCAUGGACGUUUUCGUCAGUUACCCAGGGAGCUGCCAUGACAUUCGGGUGCUUCAGCUCUCCAGUCUGUGGGCGCGUGCGGAGGAGGGGGAUCUUUUCCGUGGAGCUCCUGUUGUGCUGCCGUUCGGAGUGAUGACACACGGUUACAUUAUGGGCGAAAACGGGUAUCCGCCGCUGGAGUGGAUUGUCGUGCCGUACGGGGGGACCGAUCAAAUCCCCGACGAGGAGAGGUUCGACAAUAAGCAAAAGGUCGCCAGGGGAGCAGUGGAGAGAGCUUUCAAGAGAUUGAAAGGGAUGUGGAGGCUGUUCCUCCGCACACAGAAGACGAAUAUGGACACUCUCCCACAAUAGUUCCAGGCCGUGUGCAUUCUGCACAACAUCCUCCUUGACGCUGGCAUGGAGUUCGACGACAACUUG